GAGGGAGCCAACCAUUGUAUUAAAGCAGGGAAAAAAGAGUUGGACUUUGAACCGAGGAAGAACCCUAAUAUCCAUUUCCGGGCACGACCAAAUUCCAGCUCUGCCUUCCGGAUCUGAUGCUCUCUACCCACAAGGUUCUCGCACAGCUCAGGUAAUUCAGAUCAAGUGAAAAGAUUGUGAUUGACUGUCACAGUUGAAAUAUUUUGUCGAGAUGGACGAUAACAAUACUUCUUCAGGAGAUCCCAAGGAAAACGCAGUUCAAGAAAAUGAAGCAGGCCAAAUUACCAAGGAUGAGAGCUCAUUGGGGAACAUGGUUCGUAGGCUUCAAGAUUCUAUGUCUAUUGGCAAAAUACACAAAUUCUGGGAAACUCAACCUGUUGGUCAAUUCAAGGACGUUGGGGAUUCUAGUUUGGCUGAAGGGCCAAUUGAGCCACCAACCCCAUUAUCUGAGGUCAAACAAGAGCCUUAUAAUCUUCCUAGUGCCUAUGAAUGGACGACAUGUGACAUGGACUCUGAAGAGACCUGUCUCGAGGUGUACAAUCUCUUGAAGAAUAAUUAUGUUGAAGAUGAUGAAAACUUGUUCAGGUUCAACUAUUCCAAGGAGUUUCUAGGAUGGGCUUUGAGACCUCCGGGCUACUUCGCAAGCUGGCAUAUUGGAGUUCGUGCUAAGGCUUCCAAGAAGCUGGUUGCUUUCAUCAGUGGUGUCCCUGCUAGAAUCCGGGUGCGGAAAGAUGUUGUGAAGAUGGCAGAGAUCAAUUUCUUGUGUGUUCAUAAGAAGCUUAGAUCAAAGAGACUUGCACCAGUUAUGAUCAAAGAGGUUACAAGGAGGGUUCACCUGGAAAAUAUAUGGCAAGCGGCUUAUACAGCUGGAGUUGUUCUUCCAACACCAAUAACAACUUGCCAAUAUUGGCACAGAUCUUUAAACCCAAAGAAGCUCAUUGAUGUUGGGUUUUCAAGGCUUGGAGCAAGGAUGACAAUGAGUCGAACCAUAAAACUUUACAAGUUACCUGAUUCGCCGGUUACCCCGGGAUUUCGAAAGAUGGAACUUCGUGAUGUCCCUGCUGUUACUAGGUUGCUUAGAAAUUACAUGAGCCAGUUUGCUGUUGCACCAGAUUUUGACGAAACCGACGUUGAGCAUUGGCUUCUUCCCAAGGAGAGUGUGGUAGACAGUUUCUUAGUCGAGAGUCAAUACACUCGUGAAGUCACUGACUUCUGCAGCUUUUACACUCUUCCUUCAUCCAUUCUUGGAAACCAAACAUACUCAACUUUGAAGGCCGCUUAUUCAUAUUACAAUGUCUCCACCAAAACUCCAUUGUUACAGUUGAUGAAUGAUGCUCUUAUUGUUGCAAAAAAGAAGGAUUUUGAUGUCUUUAACGCAUUGGAUGUCAUGGAGAAUGAGUCCUUCCUGAAGGAACUAAAAUUCGGUCCGGGUGAUGGGCAACUUCACUAUUACCUGUAUAAUUAUCGGAUUCGCCACGCAUUGAAACCAAGUGAACUCGGGCUUGUACUGCUAUAGUUGGAUUUAUUACUGUUUUGGUUUGAACUGUGAACCACAAAAAUUGGUCAUUUUUUAAUGGUGGCUAGGUUUGAUGAUGCAUUCUUCCUCUGUUUUGUUCUUCUGUGUCAACAGCAAAGCACUAAGCAAGCACUAAACGUCUGGAGAAUUGAGAGAAAAAAACAUUGCCGGAUGAUGUAAAGUGUUCUGCAGAAUUUUCACUCUGCUGGUUUUCCAAUGUCUGUAUAAUUUUAAUUUCCUUCUUUUUCUUUUUUCCCAUCCUUGCAGGGUUUUGCAGAUGCAGCCUGUUUGUACCAUGGACAAUUGCAGCAUUUUCCUAUACUUGUAAGUCCCAGCAUGUGCUUAUAAGCUUAAUCAGAUACUCGUUCCAUGUUCUUCAUUGAAUAAAGAAAUUUCCCCUUAGAGUAGAAGAGAGGAUCAGAUCAUUUAAGCUUCGGUGGGGGAAUGGAUUGUUCAAGUGAAUCAUUUCUACUAACACGAUUUUGUUCUAAGCAAGAGUUGUUUGAAUAGAUUGUUAUUUAACUUGAAGUUUCUUAUUCAUGU